AUGGCAAAAACUGAAACAGAAACAGAAAUUGAAAAGAUGAAAAUUUUAGAAGAAAGAAUAAAAGCACCAUCGAUCUGGUGUCAGUUGCCUUGCGGGAUAAGAUUCGAAGAUCUACAAGAUACAAGAUAUGAUGAUGCAGUCCAGUUACUGGAUGAACACUAUUUAAAUCAAGAGGUGACUUAUCGUUCAAUAAACAUAAAGAAAGACAAAGAGGCGACAGAAGAAUUCCUCAACAAUGCUCGUAUAUGGAUGAAAGAUAAAAUGUCUAUAGCAGCUGUGAAUGAAGAAAAUGAUGAACUUAUUGGGGUCAUUAUACUGAGAAUCCAAGAAAAAUGUGCUUUCUCCCGUACAUUCAGUCGUGUUAAGCUAACGUAUAACUUGAUUUACGCCAAUAUAAUGUCGUUCUAUAAUGAAAUUGAGAAGUCUGUUAACUUGUACGACAAGUUGGAAGUGAGGAAAUAUUUGAAAGUUUACGCGUUAGCCCUCGUAGAAAGUUAUCGUCAUAAAGGACUUGGCAAAGAAUUAUUAAAAUCAGCAAUGUUGUUAGCUGCAAGUGCCCAUGUACCUGCAAUUUCUGGAAUAUUUCUAUCACAGUGUAGUCAAAACCUUGCCAAGGAACUGGGAUUCGUGAAAUUCAAUGAAAUAUAUUAUAACAAAUAUUUUAUCAAUGAUCAGGUAUUAUUCACUGGUACAGAUGAGAAUAACAGUGCAGCACUUAUGGCAUACCGUAUACCAGAUGUCGAGGAAGUAGCAGACUUGGAAAUACAGCAACUCGCUAGAUUCAAUGUUGAAUCUGAAGGGGAACAGAAUUCAAAGAAUAGCUAA